CGCAAGAAAACACUCUCUUUCUGUUACAUCUUCCCUUCUUUCUCUUUCUCUCAAAACACACAACCAAACAUUAUUAGGAAAAGGAAGAAAAAAAUGGGUGAAAAAGUUUAGCAAAAGUGAAGCCUUUCUUCAGAACAAACCCACAAUAAUAAGAGAGGAUAAUUAUGGAUAAAAAGGAGAAGGCAAAAGAGAAAAGAGAGAAGAGACGCCAAGAGAUUUCUCUUCUCCGCACCAUUCCCUAUUCAGAUCACCAAAGAUGGUGGACAACAGAGACGAUUGCUGUGGUGACCGGUGCAAAUAGAGGAAUUGGAUUCGAGAUCACUCACCAACUCGCAAUGCACGGCUUGACAGUAGUUCUUACUUCGCGAGAGACAGCCGUUGGCGAAGAAGCAGUAAAGGUCUUGCAAGAAGGAGGCUUGAAUGUAGUAUUCCAUCAACUGGAUAUUAUAGAUCCUGUAUCAAUAGAGAGGUUUUCUGGUUGGUUAAAAGAAGAAUAUGGUGGUUUAGAUAUAUUGAUAAACAAUGCAGGUGUUAAUUUCAACUUUGGUAAAGAGAAUUCUGUGGAGCAUGCAGAAACAGUGAUCAAGACAAACUAUUAUGGCACCAAAAAUAUGAUUAAAGCUAUGAUUCCAUUGAUGAGGCCCUCAACUGCAGGCGGCCGUAUGGUUAGUGUGUCCUCUCGAUUAGGAAGAUUUACAGGCAAACGGAAUAAAAUCGAAAAUGUUGAGUUCAGAGAAAAACUGGAAGAUGUGGAGUCACUAUCAGAGGAAUUUAUUGAUCAGAUGGUGGAAAAUUUUCUAGAACAAACAAAAGAUGGGAGUUGGGUGUCCGGGGGAUGGCCUGAAACGCUUACAGACUACUCGGUAUCAAAGCUUGCAGUUAAUGCUUACACUAGGCUAAUGGCGCACGAACUUUCAGGACGUGAAGAGGGUCACAAGAUAUACAUCAAUUGCUAUUGUCCCGGUUGGGUGAAGACUGCCAUGACUGGUUGGGCCGGGAGUAUUUCCCCCGAAGAUGCAGCUGAUACCGCGGUCUGGCUGGCACUGCUUCCCGACAUGUGUGUAAGCGGUAAAUUCUUCGCUGAAAGGCGAGAGAUAAAUUUCUAACCGAGUAUGUCAAGACUGAUUGUUCGAUUGCCUACCCGAAAUAUUGUUCUGUUGUAUACAUAUUUACUCACAGAAGCAAUUGCUUACUGCACAAGGUGUGAAGAAGAGCUAUGGAGAUAGUGAAAACUGGGAUAAUCUUCCACUCUCUGGCUUGAG